UUAGUCUGUGAUCCAAAUCACAUCAAUAUGUUUUAAAUCGUAAUCAUUAUUAUAAAAAAAGUCAACAAAUAAUAUAAAUAAGUUAUAAAUAAUUGUUUAAAAUGAUAAGAUUCUUGCUAAUAAGUAUUAUUCUUCAUCAAAUUUUAGGAUCUGUAGUUGAUAAAGUAGAAACCUAUGAUAAUGCUACACAAAAAAUAUUUAUUUAUAAUACAUAUAGUUAUGAUAAAAUAAUUGAUCUCUCAGUCAUCAACACAACCACACAAAUACUUGACUUCUAUGAGGAAGAUGAGUUAUGGACAGGUUAUCCUACAAGGGUACAUGUUGGUACUAAUGAUUCAAUCAAAGGAGACAAUCCACUCUUUGUUACCGCUGCUCAACAGAAAAGUAUCUCAUCAUGGGAAUUACCACUUACAGUGACAACAAAUCAUAGAGAGCUACAAUUUGAUGACAUAGCAAGAACUCUCUGCCCACAUGAUGCUGGACCAAAUAUAACAUCACAGAGUCGUCCGACAUUGACAUUAGCAACAUCUAGCUCGCAACCGAUCAAUGUAAAAAUAAAAUUACGCCGUGUUAAAGAUUUCUACUUGGAAAUGAAUAAGGAAGUCCCGUUAAAUUUGACUCCAAGUACACCGAAAUACUACUAUUUCUCAUUCGACAGAGAUCCUUGGAACAUGACAAAUAAAUUAUAUAAAGGAUUUUUACCAAAGUUUAACUACACAAUACCAAAGAGUGUGUUACUGACCAUAGAGUCUGAAGAGGACAUUUGUGCUGUAAUAUCGAUACAAAAUAACUCGUGUCCAGUGUUUGACAACGAAAAGGAUGUAAUGUAUCAAGGAUAUCACUUCACAAUGACGACUCGUGGAGGAAUUACUGUUACCCAAUCAAUGUUCCCGAAAGGUUUCUAUGUAGUGGUCAUAGUAAAAGAGAGCGAUGAGGAAUGUACGGGUGUGAGUGAGACAGACGAUGUCACUCUGUUUCGUCCUAAGGGCAGGUCCAAAACGUUUAGAUUAAAGAUAGUGGAAGCAGCGUCAACAGGUGAUUUUCUAAUGGGAGCAUUAGCAUCUCUAGCAUUAAUUUUACUGGUGACUGCGCUUGCGCCGCUUGGGAACUUGCUUACCUGCCGACAUGAAGAAUUCGUUUUAAUUGAUGAAUCGGUGGUGCCAUCCACGUCUCGGGAGAGUGCUGAAGCUGAACCCAUGGUCAGAAAUAUUAAUGUUUCGGACACCGACUCGGAGGAUGAUGUUAUAGUAAAAUCGCUUCCCAUGCCACUUAAUGUAGCUGGUUUAAGUCGUCACAACACGCAUAGUAGGAAAUCUAAUAGAUAUUUCUGGAGCGCAUUAACCGUAGCGGUCGUUUACGCUUUACCAGUUGUUCAACUAUUGUUCACAUACCAAAGAAUGGUGUUCCAAACAGGCGAUCAAGAUGUUUGCUACUAUAACUACCUCUGCGCACAUCCAAUAGGCCCCUUAGCAGAUUUCAACCACGUCUAUUCAAAUAUCGGCUACAUCAUUUUGGGUAUAGCAUUUAUGGUGCAAGCGAGAUGCAGACAUGUCAAGUUGGGGGAGAGUCAGGAGUUAGGUAUACCCCAGCACCUGGGACUGUUAUACUCCAUGGGUCUAGCUUUGGCGAUGGAAGGUCUUCUAUCAGCCUGCUACCAUCUGUGUCCUAAUAAGAUGAACUUUCAAUUCGACUCGUCAUUCAUGUACGUAAUAGCUGUGCUGUGUAUGGUUAAACUUUACCAAUCGCGACACCCCGAUGUCAAUGCGUCUGCGCACGCUACUUUUAUGUUGCUAGCGCUACUUAUGGCUAUCGGAUUCUUCGGGAUAAUGUACCCCAGCGUGUAUUUUUGGGUCAGCUUCACAAUAAUGCAUCUCGCUAUAUGUUUCGUGUUCACAUUCAAGAUAUACUAUGUUGGGCGGUUUAAAAUGGAGCGAGCAAUAUUGCCCCGUGCGUGGUACAGUAUGCGCCAACAUGGCUGGCUGGCCUUCAAACCUAACUACACAGCGCGCGCAGUUCUGCUUGUAAUUGCCAAUAUGGCAAACAUUGCACUUGCUGCUUAUGGCCUCUACGAACACAAUAAAGACUUUGCCCGACACCUUUUGGCUAUAUUAAUGGGAAAUACGAUCUUAUAUAACGUCAGCUAUGUAGUCAUGAAGAUAGUACAUAGGGAGCAUAUACCGGCUGCUGCGUGGUUAUGGCUUGCUCUUGCGCAUAUAGUAUGGGGUGUUGCCGGAUAUCUAUUUCUGAGUUCAAGGACUAAGUGGUCGCAAACGCCAGCUCAGUCCCGCCAGCACAACGAUAUGUGUGACGCAAUGCGCGUGUUCGACACACAUGAUCUGUGGCACCUUGCUUCUGCAGCCGCCAUGUUUUUCUCGUUCAACGCGCUUUUAAUACUUGAUGAGCCCCUUCAAAACACACCAAGGCAUCUUAUACCAGUGUUUUAAGUUAAAUAAAUCGAUUUAUUUAAAUUAUUUCAAGAAAUGUAUCUCUAAAAGCCAGUUAUUAGAAUAAAUAUACAGUAAUACCCCCAAUAACGCGUUUUCGUAUAACGCGAUUUCCGUCCUCCGGAAAUGCGGUAUUUAUCCCUAUAACGCGGAAAUUUCUCAAGUUAUAUUACUGUGGUAUGAAUUUUAUUAUGAUGAGUCAAGUGCAUAAUUAGUUUUGUGUACUUUUGCACUUGUUUCAAUUGUUUUAACAUAAUUUUUGAAUUGUUCAAAAAACGGUUUUACGAAAAUACUCUUUUAAGGCAAAAUCCUAUAAUGCGGUCCGGGUCUAUAGCGUUAUUGGAGGGACUACUGUACAACAGAACAAAUAUAAUACAAAAAAUAUGGUGUAAUUACUGUUAGUCAAAAGCGUUGAAGUAAUCGUGAUUCUAAAAACUGAAAUAAAAUAAUAAUACGAAUCGUGAAGUAAAAAGCCAUUUUCAAGGAAUUGACUUGAUGAAUGAACAGAAAUGUAAACUAUGCUUCACUAACGCCUGAUUUCUAUAUCUAUAUAGAACCUGUUAAGUCGAAAACCUCCAAAACUCGAAAUAAAAAAUUCUGU